AUGCCUUCCCGCGAAUCCGUCAGCUACUUUGGCGCCGGCCCCGCCCCCCUGCCCACGGCAGUCCUAGAAAAGGCCUCUCAAGUGCUGCUCAACUACAACGACUGCGGCAUUGGCAUCACAGAAAUCUCGCACCGCUCCGCCGACGCAGAAAACAUUCUCAAAGACACAAAGUCAGCAUUGGCCCAAUUGCUCGACAUUCCUACUCAAGAAGGCCCUGAUGGCUACAAGAUCAUUUUCCUGCAGGGCGGUGGUUCCGGCGAGUUCAGUGCUUCGGUGUACCACAUGACUGCUUUGUGGGUGGAAAAGAGAAGGCUGGAGAUUGUGAAAGAGCUGGGAAGUGAGGAUGACACAAAGGUCUUUGAGGCGCUGAGGAAGGCUGUGGAUGAGGAGUUCAAGUUGGACUACUUGGUCACUGGCAGUUGGUCAUUGAAGGCCAGUCAAGAAGCCGCCAGACUGGUUGGCGCAAACCACGUCAACGUCGCCAUCGACUCUCGCAAAUCAAACAAUGGCAAAUUCGGCACUAUCCCUGACGAGUCGAAAUGGUCAUUGACUCCCAACCCUGCCCACAGCGGUAUGGUAUACUUCUGCGACAACGAGACCGUCGAUGGAGUCGAAUUCCCAGCUUUCCCCAAGGUCGACGCAGACGAGUACAACAUCAUCGCCGACAUGUCCUCAAACUUCCUCAGCCGCAAGGUGGACGUCAAGAAAUACGCUGCUAUCUUCGGUGGUGCCCAAAAGAACGUCGGAACCACAGGCAUCACCAUUGCCAUCAUCAAAAACUCGCUGCUCACUCAACUCGCAAAACCAGACUUGUUGCGCAAGUUGAACCUGCCUGUCGGUCCUGUGGUCUUGGAUUGGCCCACCAUUGCCAAGAACAACUCCCUCUACAACACCCUCCCUAUCUUUGACGUCUGGAUCGCCGGCCAAGUAAUGCAAUCCCUGCUCUCCAAAGCCACCUCUUCCUCUGGACCCAAGAUCGCCACCCAGCAAGCAGAGUCAGAACACAAAGCUGCCCUCCUCUACGGUGUGCUGGACAAAUACUCUGUCUUCAACGUCGUGCCCGACAAGUCUGUGCGUAGCAAAAUGAACAUUUGCUUCCGCAUUGGAGGCGAGAGCGAUAGAGAUGACAAGGAGAAGAAGUUUUUGGCUGGUGCGAAUGAGAGGUUGUUGAUGGGAUGCAAGGGACACCGCAGCGUGGGUGGUUGCAGAAUCAGCAAUUACAAUGCUGUCAGUGUGGAAAAGGUCGAGAAGCUUGCAAAGUGGUUGGAAGAGUUUGCUCAGCAGCAGCAAUGA